AGUUACCACUCGAGGCAAUAUCUGCAUAGACACUCUCGAGUCUCGGUAUCAUUUCUCGUUGCCAUUUUAGUUUUUUCUUUAAUGAGUUUUUCAGCAUUAUUGAGCAAUGUAAGUAGAGCAAAAAGUGCGAAUUUCGACCUUCUUUUCAGAAAAAAAGAUAAAAAAGCUUUUAAAAGAGGUAUACAUCAAACAUAAAAAAUCAUAAAGGAUAACCAUUUUUGAUUCUAAAAAAAAGGUGAUCACAGAUCAAGAAGUACAGAGCAAUGCACUGCCUCCACCACUGCUCCAAUGUUUUCUGCCAGUGAGUGCAGGCGCCGGUCGCCGGACAAUUUAAACCGGCCGAUCAUCGACCUCUCAUCAGCCGUCACCACCUAAUGACGAAUGGAUGCCACCUCUGUGUCAUCCCCCAUUGGUCGGUGGAGCCACUGGGCGGGACCUCGGGCCGAAAUCUGACCGCCCAUUGGUCGGGUCCACCCGCCGGGUCGGGAGCUCCUCGCGCGGCCGCCUGGGUCCGAAAUCUGUGUGUUUCUCACAUCAGACCCGUGCGGUGCGUGCAGACUGGUUCGGUGAUCACGGAAGGAGACUGCGCGACCCGUGCGACGGCUGCGUUUUUAGCCCGGGAUCGACCGAUCGCCAGGUGAGGAUGGUGGACUUUUGCGGCCGGUGGCUGGAGUCGGCGGGGUACUACGGCCGGCUGCUGGACUCUGCGCAGGGAGAAAACGGCAGCCGACUGCUGUACAGCACGGCCUGCCUGCUGGAGCAGUCCUCCACCCAGCAGCAGCAGCAGCAGCAGCAGCAGCAGCAGCAACAGCAGCAGCAGCAGAUGGCUGGGCCGGCCGGCUGGGCAGCGGCCGUCAGUCAGCAGCAGUGGCCACCGGCGCUGGGUCAGCUCUCAGCGCGCGCUGAUACCGCCGCCCGGACGGACGGCUGGCUGACCGGUGACACGGUGACACGGGCUGGCACCGAUCCGACACAGACACCGGUGUCGGCCGCUGAUCUGACGCCGGUGCAGGCAGUGACACCCUACUGGCCUACAGAAGACUGCGGUCUGCGGCUGUGCGCUCCUGACGGCGAGGAGCAGGAGCAGGAGCAGCGUCCCAGGAAGGAGCGCACCACGUUCACCAGACAGCAGCUGCAGGAUCUGGAGAGGGAGUUCAACCAUUCCAACUACCUCACCCGGCUCAGGAGAUACGAGAUCGCCGUGGCGCUCGACCUCUCCGAGCGACAGGUAAAGGUGUGGUUCCAGAACCGCAGGAUGAAGUGGAAACGGACCAAGGGAGGUCGCCCUCAGGAUCAACCGGUCUGAUAGUCUUGGCCGACCUCUUCUGGUCCCAGUAUACCCCAGCCUGCACUGGUCCGAGACUGAGGUGGCUUUUAAAACUGAUGUGGUUUAUAAGUGACUCCAUAUAAGACUGGUUAUAAAAUAUGAACGAAGUAAAAUGUUAAAAAAAAGACUGGUUAUAAAGUGCGCUUAUCCAUGAGCUUGGCGUAGAUCAACUGAGCUCAGCUAAGCUCAGUCGGUACCGAGAAUUGAGCUAGUCGCGAAGUUCUUUGAGAUAUGCAAUGAUUUCAUGCCGGUGUUAUGAAGUCAUUUCACUUAACCCUAUUAGUGGCAGGCUCCUGGCUACCCCAUAUUA